AUGUUGCCGGUUAGGACAGCCAUUUUGGCGUCCGUUUCAAUAUGCGUUUUCGCGGCACCGCCCGGCGUCCUGCAGCGGCACGGCGAGCCGGAGCUGGUCGAAGAGCAACGACAUCCACAGCGAAAACAUUCCACACAACAUUCCAUGGGGAGGCCGGCCGUGCUGGCGGCACAAGAGUCACAAAACAAAGUUGUUGUAGCACAGACGGCAGUGGAGGUAAUCGGACUUCCAAGGUCUGUGGAAGAGGUUAAAGAGGUAAGCAGUCAUUGUAUUCAAGCCAUCUUCUCUUUAUGGUCGGCUAGCUGAAAUCUCGAAUAUUAAUUUGCCUUUUUUUGUCAUUUUUGCAUUAAUUGUCGCAUUACAAGCACAAAAGCUAUUACUUCAAUUAAACUUAUUUUUAAUAGUUUGAAAUAUAGGCAAGUCUAGGAUCAAACACCCAACUUUUUUAUAUUUUCUGACCAUUUAAUACCCCUUUAAUCAGUAGCACAUUGUUUUAGAUAUUAUCGACCAUUGAUAACUGACUUGUCGCAAAAUUUAAGCCCCAUUUCGGCCGAGGAAAGGGAAAAUUUCAACAAAAAAAAACAGUAUGAUAUUGGCAGAGACAUGGUCAAAAAAGCUUUUCCUUUAUACCGGUUGAAAUUUCUAUGCCCUAGGAUUUGUUCUCCUCCUCUCAAUCUCCAUAUCGACUAACCAUUACAAGUCUAAAACCAAAAAGUCAUGAUUUUUCUCCCGACCUCCGUAAAGCUCAGGAAACACCCGUCAAAUCGUAUGUUUACGAGGGUGGGGUUCUCGGAUAUUUAUGGGCAAUUUGUAGCCCCAAGAAUUGGGAUUACAAACCCAGAUUGUUGUAAACGUGUUGUAAUACGGAUUUCGUGUUUUUUUGCAUGCAAUUAUCUCUGUGACGUUUCAUGAGCCAUUUGCAGGGAAAGUACUCUAAUUGUAAGAGAGCUGAGGCUACGAUGAAAUUUUGCACAGAUUUAGAAUAUUUUUUUUGUAUGACAUAUGAAAGACUCAUAGCUUGCGUUUUGCAGAAAAAACCGAGAUUUUUAGAUCGAAAAAUCUUAUAAAAUAUCACACCUUUUUACUGUUUCUAUCUUACUGUUAGAAGGUAACCUUUCAAAAAAAUCAACUUUUAAGCCCGUUUUUUUUCUCUGAUCGCUCUCAGCAUUUCACAUAUUCUCUCGGCAUCAAAAAUCGUUGAAUAUCUCAGCUCCGACUACAAGACGUAAAAACGAAAAUUGUCCGAUUUCUAAACGAACACCAAUUAAUUUUUGAGACAAUUUACUCUAAUCUUUUGUUGAUAGAACGCAAAUGACGUACAAAAUUUUAAAGUGAGAAUUUUUGAAAGUGAGGAUUUUGUUUUGCCAAAAAAAGUGAAAAUCGUCAUCCUGAAUCUCCAGUUUCAAUCUGACUAUCAUAAUUUUCUUUGGGAAAAUUGCAAAAGUUCGUCUGACUUGUGAGAAUUUUCCAUUAUAUUUACAGGGUGUACCAAAAAAAUGGAAACUUUUUUUCAUUUGUCCUGACGCGAAAAUGGUUAGGUGUAGCCAAAGAAGUUUAUUACUACAAAAUUCUCUGUGUUUUUCUGUCCUAGUUUUUUGAUUUUUACGCCCAUAUCGAUUAAUCGACCUGUCUUUUUUGAACUUCAAACAAAGGAACCUCGAUUUUGGACUUAUUUUUGGAGCUGUUCGAAAAGUUAAUUUGCUCGGUAUAGAAAGAACGUUGUGUCGAAAGUAAUCACGAGGCCCAAGGAGCUUGAUACGGAUAGUAAGCGCCCAGGAAGUGAAAGAAAACGCACCGCCUGCGCUUCUUUCAACCGAAAGAUCCCCCACAGCAAAAUCCGCGAUUUUCAAGAAAAACUAGCCCUUGAGACUGACAUCAGCGACCGAUCGCUCGGCCGAAUAGUCAAAGGCGAGCUCAACCUCAUGUCAUACAAGCUCUAAAAAAUUCAGAUCUUUAAAGUCGAGAGAAAGUGCAUACAGCGCAAAAAUAUCGGAAAGUGAAACGGGUGGGCCGCAGCUCCGAGACGUGAGCGCAUUCAGUUCGCGGUUUAAUAUUUAGCGGAUACACAACCACCAGAACGAUAGAAUCUGCUUCAGUGAGGCUCCUAGCCUGUUGGCCAUCGUCAAAUACCACCAAAAUCCGGGUCGUCAUUGCUUAAGGCGGAAUUUGUGCCAGCGGCAAGAAUUCCAUGUUUUUCGUGAAUAAAUGGGACAAAAUACUAGCGCCGCGUUCAUUUCUAUUUUGUCGUGCUUCCGUGAGCUCAGCAGAACCUUGGCAAUGCAAACUUGGGGUUUCAACAGGACUCAGCGCCGGCUCACAAGGCAAAAUGGACUCAGGACCCGAAAUGGGACCGAUUUCCCCGAUUUUGUCCCGCCUGCGAAAUGGCCGCCUGCUCGCCAGAUCUGAAUCCAAUGGACUAUAUAUUUUUUAAAUAGAAGGCCAGCACCUGUACUAUGCUCCACAAAAGUUUGGAGUCGCAAAGUAAAUGAUCCGCCAAGAACGGGACCGAUUUCCCCCAUAAAAAGCUGCGGCCCGGACCCCAAAAUUUUACGUCACGUUUGGAGCUCUAUAUCGCCACCAAAGGCAGCCACUGUGAAACAGAUUGAACAUGUUAUAAACAAUACUCUAUGUUACUAAUCAUAACCGUUACUUUUGCUGAAUUUUGAUUCUCCGAAAAAAUAUAGCUAUAAAAACAAGUUUCCAUUUUUUUGGUACACCCUGUAUUAGUCUGUCGGGAAAAUAAUGAGCACUCUGUCGCAUCGAAAAUCGCAUCGCCGCCGAGAAAAUGAAUUGUGUCGCGGAAAAAAACGAAAUUUCUUUUAACUGUACCGCGAUUGGCGAAGCAACAUUGUGCUCAUUAUUUUCCCGACAGACCGACCGUUCGAUUUCUAGGAUCGUUCCUCUUUCUUUUUAAUCCAUGUUUUCGUAACCAGAGUGGCUUUUUUUCCCAUUUUGCAUCCAUUUUAUAGUAUUUUUGCCCAAUUUAAACGCGCUAAUUGCGAUGCUUGGGAAUACGCCAUGACAAUUGACUCCUUUUGCAUUUUGUUUUCUGAACUUUUCACACGGCUAAUUUAUAAUAAGAUUGCGUAAUUUUGAAUGCAAAAACCUCAAAACCUCCUUGGAAUGUCGCGAAAAAAGUAAAUUUUCAACUUUUCAAAAUGCAAUUUUUUUUACUAUUACAUCAACGAGACCGAAAAAAAAUGUAUUUACUACAUCAACGAGACCAAAAAAACGCGGCGAACAGAAAAUUGGCUUAUCGUUCGGCCAAAGAACUCAAGUUCACAGUGUUUUUUUGCUCGCAGAAAAUGAAGUCUGGGCCAAAACAGGGAUUCUGAGAGACGUUUUGUGAGACAUUUUGGAUUUUUUAAGCUAAAUUUUUCUUAUUUUGCAUGUAAUUAUAUAAGGUACAACUUGGCCAAAAAAAUGUUUGUUAUAUAAGGGUUUUGCAGUCUGUGGAUUCAUUUGAGACUAAAAUCGACCAGCUGCGCAAUUGUUCGUUAUAGCCAACCAAUCGCUGGCCAUAGAAAUCUCAGACUCAAAAAAGUUUUCAAACGACCGCUAUUUAAUCUUAGUGGGCCAAAACAACAUAAAUUUGAAUCUCUUUACGGCGUGGAAGGCAAAAUAUCCCGGGAAUUUUUUGCAAUCCCUCGCCGAAAAACGGAAGUGGCAAUAGUUCAAAAUAAUCAAAUAAAUUGUCAAUUACAUCCCCAGCCAUUUUCAGAUUAUUUUGCUUUAAGGACAUGCAAAAAAUUCAGUCCAAUUUUGGGCUCCAAGCAAUAGAGGCGAGGUUUAAAUGUAGUUGUUUUGGUCUGUUAAAAUUAAAUAGUGGUCUUUUGAAAACUGCGUAGUCUGAAAUUUCGAUGGUUAAUAGCGAUUAAAAAUCUGUUUCAUAUAGAAUAUAAUGGCCGAUUGCAAGCUUUAUGCGUGCCAAAUCUCAUCUAAAUUUGAGAGUCUUACGCCGUGCACAUUCCCUGUUUUGUCAUUCCGUCUCUAAUUAGCAUUUGUUCUCCCAAAUCAUUUCCAAAUUUGUCUUUUUAUCACAUCUUUAACCGUCAACAUCCCUAAUGAUAUGCAACUACUCUCCGGCCCCCCUCAACACACCUUCUUCGCCUUUUCUCUAUUCACAUCAUUUUCGCUUCAGGACAUGAAGAGCCCGUCGCAUGGUGAGCUGCUCACCAGCUCGAUGAAGGCGGUCUUCGAGGUCUGUAUGUAUCGGUACGAUGAGGUGGACACGACCAGAAUGUUCAUCGAUGGACCGCUGACGCUGAUGGCGGCGGUGGGAGCGUUGGUGGGAGCCAAGCUGGCCGUGAAGUUCUUGGCACAAGCGGGUCUGAACAGGGACCUGACAGCAGGUGAGAGGGGGAGAAUACAGUGGGGUGAUUUCUUAAGUUUCUUCAAGCAUAUAGGGACGGACCUGAUCCUGUGGCAAAAAACGUACCAUUUUACAUCCAGCAAGUGUCAAAAAUGUGGCAAAAUGCUUCCCUCACCACGUGAAAAAAAACUUCGUUUUGAAGGGCGCGCUUUUGAAAUCGGGGUUUUUUCACUUGGAGAGGGAAGCAUUUUGCCACAUUUUUGAUACUUCCCCGGUGCAAAAUGACACGUUUUUUGCCACUGGAUCGGGUCCCCCACUGUAGUGGACUUUUUUUUCUCUGCGAACGGACCCUCAGAUUUUGACGAAACUUGGCACAAAUUUAGACAAAUUUUUUUGAGUCGAGCAUUCGUCCUAGCUCGCGGUUUGCCGAGAAUACCUCGAUUUUUAGACCAAAAGUUGAAAUAUUGAAAGUGAACGGACCCUUCACUGAAUAGCCUUGCAAAGAUUUCUUUUUCAGCUCUCUACGUUCUCUGUUUCUGCGACUCGUUCCUUAUCAUCAACGUCUCCGUUAACCAUGCCUUCGAGGCGACCGGCAUCCUCAUCGCCGACUAUAACCCCAUGUGGGACAAACAAAACUAUGUCCUCCUCACUCAUGGUCUCUGCACCAUUGCAACGACAGCAUCGGUAAGCGGGACCUGAACGCCAGACAUAUUUACGAUAUUUCUUAUUUUUUGCAACAUUUGCAUUCAAACUUUUUUGCAGACAAUGCUCGUUGUUUACAUCACCUUUCAACGGUUUCUUGUGGUCUGGUGGCCGCUCAAGUAUGCGAAGCUGUGUGAUCGGAAGCGUAAACCCGAACAUCAGCCAUUCCGACGUCUGAGCAGUCAGAUGGACUCGGACUGGACGACCUCCAGCUAUCGGCGCACGCUGAGUUUCAAGAUUCCCGGACAGAACGCGCUGAAGCGGAAGACCAUGCCGUCAUUCAAGAAGAUUCUGCGGCCCUUUCUCUUUCCAGGUACAGACUGUUGAAGGCGUUGAAGUAAAAGUUUCACGUAUAGAACAAGCAAAGAGAAAAACAAGGAAUACCGCACGUCAAACUUAGAUGAGCUAAAAUGAUUUGAUUGCUAAUUCUUCAAAGAAAGACGCGAAAAUUCCUUUAGUCGGGGGAGAAAUGGGGAAUUUUUAGGGCGAGAGAUUGCGUCUUUUCUCUGUCUUCUCUGUGAAAUCAAGACGAAGCGUAAAAAAUCUAUUCCGGUCUCCUCAAUUUGACGUGUACCGUUUUUAAAAGCACCUGCACUGUAAUGCUCCUCGUUUUUUCAGUCCUGAUAGUCCUCUGCUCCGUGAUCAUCAGCAGUUCCGUGUUCUACGAGUUCUACUCGGCGCCAUGCCUCAACAUGAUACAUAGAAAAAUGGCGGUUUAUUUGAAAGUAACCGAUUUACGGACCCAUCAACUUGUAAGUUAGGAAACUCCUUAUUUGAGCCCAAAAUUUAGUACAAUAGCAUACGCACGGUUAUCAUGAUGGUCACGCAGGCGAUUGGGCCUGUAACGACGAUUUCAUUGCUAACAGCGUUGACCGAAUACAAAGUUCAAGCAAGUCUGAAGGCGAGAAGGCUGUAAGUUGAGGUUUAUUUGUUGAUAACAUCGCAAGAUGUGAUAAACAUACUUUUCAAUCAAUCUCUUUGUAUCGUACAGUUCUUACAAUAGAUUUUCAGACUCUUCGAAAGCCAACAACGGCGUCGUUCACUCGUCCAGAUGGAGGAAAUGAAAGAAAAACUUUCUCGGUUUGUCGCCAUCUUCAUUGCUGUCAAAUUCAUUGUUUUACGGUAGGAAUAGUAUCCCUUAUGGCACAGAUUUUAAUCGUCAUUGCUCCACAAAUUCAUUCCCAAAAUUUUCAGCUCACUGCCAAGCUUCUUUGACGUGUACGAGUUGGUCUAUGGGAUCGAAUCGUUCGGUCGUGUCCUCUCAACCUUGGUGAACUACUCCGACUUUGCUGUGGUUCUGAACAGCGCCACGAAUUCGUUCGCCUAUUUCGGGAAGGCCGGAUGGAUUGAGAGCAAGUUGCGCGGAAGAUUACUCAGGAAAAGCACAAUGCACAAGCAUAGUGUGAACAGUACGGAUGUAAGUUUAAUCUGAUAUUGCUCUCGGUAGAAAUAUUCUUGAUUGCAAAGCAUUGUAAUGACGGUAUUAUACUGAUUCUGGAUUUUUGGGAACAAUUAUCAGUAUGUCGGGAAAAUAAUGUGGAUUCUUUGCGCUUUGUAAAUUCCCAUUGUCACUUUGCGACGGCUAGCCGCGGCUGGAGAUUUGGUCUGCGAUUGUGACGAAGUGUUCUGCGACAGAUCCACAUUAUUUUCCCGGCUGACUGAUACAUGAUCUGAUAAAAAUAGAAAUGGGUUGGGAGUCGGACCGAAAGGUCCGAUACUCAGCCCGGCAAUACCCCCUAGUGUAUUCUAACACAACGAAAAUUGGUGUUAGCUAGCGAAAACCUCCUAGAAGAUUUGAAAACAAAAAAACGGCGGCGAAUUUAACCCAUUGUUUCUUUCUCCAUCAUUUCUUUGGCUUUACAAUCAUAAUUUCAUAUCUUAUUGCUAGUAAGCUCAAUUUCCCGGGCCGAGCCGUCUCAAAUUUGCUUUGACCCGGUGUGGGAGUCAUUUCUGACUUGAUAGCACAUCUUUAAAAAAAAGACCGCUUAUCAAAAGAGUUCGUGAAGGAUGAUUUAUAAGCCGACUAAAGGUGUUUGUUGUGGUUUAAACUAUAGAAUGCGGGUUGUGCUUUUAAAUCCCAUGUCUUGAGAAAAAGUGUGGCUAAAAAAAUUUUAAGGCGAUUUUUUCGCAACAGCGGAUUGCUAGAUUCCUUGAAUUUCCCAUUAACAUGAUGAAAAAAAAUCCUUUUUUUAUCGUUUUAAAAUUGAAAUUAACAAUUCGAACAGAAAAAAGCACGUCCAAAAUCGAGGUCCCUCUGUUUGACAUUCAAAAAAGGAGUGUUAGUCAACCGAUAUGGACAUGAAUUAUAAGGCCUAGGAAAGAAAAUCACGUAGAAUUUGUCAGUAUGAAAAUCAUUUUGCUAGACUAAAAAAUUUUCGCGUCAGGACCCAAUGAAAAAAGUUUUCAUUUUUUGCCGCACCCUGUAUAUUUUUUUAAAAGUUUAAACCGCUUAUGCUAACCAAUCCAAGAUUUCAAUUUCAGGGCCAAAGUAGCAAAGUCCCGAAAAGCCCGCGACGCCUCUCCGUGACGCCGCAACCGAUCACCUCCAUUUCUCAGGAAGACUGCUGCUCGAUGUUGGACGCUCGCCGGCCCUCGCUCCGUUCCGAGCAUCGGCUGGGCGUUUGA